CCUUGUCUUAGCCAAUUCGCUCCUGUGCUUUGUCAUCAGUGGACUGACAACAAAGUUUCGGAUUCCAGUUGCCUACUAUUUUACAAAAGGGCUAACGGGCCCCCAACUCCACAAGUUGCUGAUUUUCGUCAUGCAAAAAGUGGAAGCUUGUGGGUUUAGGAUUGUUCGCCUUGUCACGGACAAUCAUAAAGUGAACGUGAAUUGCAUGAAACUGCUUGGAAAUGGCCUGCUUACCUACCGGAUUGAACACCCCUGUGACCGCAGCAGGAUUCUUUUCAUUAGCUUUGAUCCGUGCCACGUGCUGAAGAACGUGAGGUCACAGUUUCUAUCGCGUGACUUUGGCCCGAAAGGUGAGAUUUCUGCUUCACACAUAAAAGACCUCUACCAACUGCAGAAAGGCUUGUCUGUAAAGCCUGUUCGGUUUUUAAGCAGGAAGCAUGUUUAUCCGAGCAACAUAGAAAAGAUGAACGUGGCAAGAGCCGUCCAGCUCAUGUCUCCAAGUGUAACCGCUGCCUUGGAACAUCUCAAGGAUCAGGCUGGACACACUUGUGCACUGUCAUUUUCAGCCGCAGGCCCAACAAUUACGUUCAUGAAGAACGUUUAUCGGUGGUUCGUGCUUCACGAUGUCAGCAACACGACGCAGCACAUACGCCACAAUUUUUCGGAUGGCCGUCAAUUUGACGACAGUGCUGAUCCGCGGCUUGAAUGGCUUGAGGUCACUUUUCCUAUGUACUUGGAGACAUUAAAGAAAAGAUCUGGACAUGCUCGUGAAUUCCUCACAGCCGAAACGUAUGAAGCAAUUCUGUUAACCACCUAUUCGACAGUGGCGUGCGUCAGAUAUCUGUUGACAGAAGAGAAGUUUUCUUUUGUGCUCACUCGAAAAUUCAACAGCGAUCCAAUUGAAUCGCUCUUUGGAAGUUUGCGAAUGUCAUCCGGGUGCAACGACAUGUUGGACGUUCGGGCUGCACUGUCAGGCCUCGAAAAACUACUGAAGACCGGGAUUGCUGUGUCGAAUGCAGCCUCCAAUAUUGCCCACAAAGAAUGUGGUGCAAUGUCGGGACACAUACUGUGUGAUGCACAUUCCUCUGCACAACCAACUUCUGCUUCAGCUUCAAUACCUCCCCUGCCGUCGACUGUGCAAGCAGUGCCCCAGCUCUCGAGAGCAAGAUUGGCAUUGCAGAGACUUAAUACCACAAUUUUGCCACAGCAGCUGUCAUCGCUUCAGAUUUCGGCUACCGCCUAUGUGGGGGGCUACAUUGCACGGGUUGUAGGCGAGCAUAUUGACUGCGAGAACUGUGUUACUUUGUGUACGAAGCCGGUGAGCAACCAGCCGCUCUUUCAGCUCACUCGGAGCCAAGAUCGAGGUGGGCUGCUCUACCCGUCGGACCAACUUCUCUUUGUCCUGGACUGUUUAAGAGAUUUUGCUGACCGUGCACUGCAGGAGCACCAGACCUUGCAGAAGCCAUUGACUACCUUAGUGGAGUACGCCGUCCCAGCUCUUUGUUCUUCAAAGUUGCUAAAGUGCAAGAGCAAUGACAGCAACGAGCACAGGCUUAAGCUCAUGAACCUCAUAUCGGUUCGUUUCCUGAGGCCGCUCCUCUGCAACUACGCCUUCAAUGUUACUGAUAGGCACGACGCAGUUAAACAUUUUGUAAGAAAGCCCCUUUCGCGAAAGCACGCGAAACUGUGAGAGUGGCAUACG